GUGUCAGCCUUUGUAGUGAGGAGUGGCAAGCGGCACGAUGAGGGUCUCUCUCUCUCUCUCCCUCCCUCCCUCCUUCCCUCUCUCCCUCCCUCUCUCCCCUACCCUGACUGCGCAGGCUGCAAACAUGGCGGAAACUGAGUGAUAUCUAAAGCCCGGAGCCAGGCGGUGGGGAGACUGGAGCAGGGGAGUCGGUCUACACCGCACCGCCGAUUCCUUAUUCUCCCGAGAUCUCCUUGUUCCCAGACAUCCGGUGGACUAAGACCAGCAACGGGAUUUGAACUCGUGGACUACCAACGUGUGAAUGAAUGGGAAGAGGAUUUUGCUGCAGUUGCUGCGGCGAUGUUGAGGACAGGCGGCUAAAUGAAUGCAGGUUCAUAGCCGUCUACCAGCGGGUCGGCCAUCACACAAGCGCACACCUUCCCCAGGAGCCCCCUCCCGGUGGGUUUGUCCACACCAGCCGUUCGCCUCCCAACAAUGAGAAAACCAGGGCCUCAAAAGGUUGCAGAUUGGAAAGAUGGGAGAAGGCAGAAACACAGUCGGAGUGGUCGGCCAUCCAAUACUCCAUCUCCGUACCAAGGCCAUUUCAGUUGGGACAAAUACCUUAAGGAGACGGGAGCUGUGGCUGCUCCUUCAUAUUGCUUCAAACAGUCGUGCAUCCCGCCGGUCAACGAGUUCAAGAUCGGGAUGAAGCUGGAAGCCAAGGACCCCCGCAACGUCACGUCCACCUGCAUCGCCACGGUGGUGGGCAUCACCGGCGCCCGGCUACGUCUCCGGCUCGACGGCAGCGACAACAAGAACGACUUCUGGCGCCUGGUCUACUCCUCUGACAUCCAGCCCAUCGGCAACUGCGAGAGGAACUCCGGGAUGUUGCAACCUCCCCUCGGAUUUCGACUGAACGCAUCUUCGUGGCCCAUGUUUUUACUCAAGACUUUGAGCGGAGCAGAAAUGGCGCCAGGCAGAAUAUUUCACAAGGAGCCGCCAUCGCCCUCACAGAACUACUGCAAGGUGGGCAUGAAGCUGGAGGCUGUUGACAGGAAGAACCCACACUUUAUCUGUCCCGCCACCAUCGGGGAUGUCAGGGGCUGCGAGGUCCUGGUCACGUUCGACGGCUGGAGGGGAGCGUUCGAUUACUGGUGUCGCUACGAUUCUGGAGACAUCUUCCCCGUCGGGUGGUGUUCGAUGACUGGAGACAACCUGCAGCCGCCCGGAGCCAAAGCCGUCAUUCCCAAGAGCCUGCCGGUGUCGGCGGAGGAGGAAUCUGAGAAGCAGAGCAUGCAGGUGCUGGUGAAGGGCGUGUCGGACACGCUGGCCGGACACCGUGGCCGCAAGCCCGGCCGGAAACGCAGCCGGACGGGACAGGCGGGCGACGGCAAGGCGGAGACGCAAAGCAGCCCCGUCCCUCCGGCCGCCAAACCCCUGGAGCCGCUGAAACUCCCAAAGAAGAGAGGUCCGAAACCUGGCAGUAAGCGGAAACCACGAGUCAUCCAGAGCCCCGUGCCGACGUCACCGACCAUUAGCACCCCGGAGCCGGACACCAGCACCGUCCCCCACGAUGCAGCCACCAUCCCCAGCACCACCAUCAUGCAAUCCCCAACAGUGUGCGUUUACUUGAACAAGAACGGCAACGCUGGCCCGCACCUGGACAGGAAGAAGGUCCAGCAGCUGCCCGACCACUUUGGGCCGGCACGUGCGUCGGUGGUCCUCCAGCAGGCCGCGCAAGCCUGCAUCGACUGCGCCUACAAUCAGAAGGUGGUCUUCUCCUUCCUGAAGCAGGGGCACGGCGGGGAGGUGAUAUCAGCUACAUUUGACCACGAACAGCAUACGUUAAACCUGCCGGCUGUGAACAGCGUGGUCUACGCCUUGCGCUUUCUGGAGAAACUCUGCCACAGUCUGCGGUGCGACAACCUCUUUGGGAACCAGCCGUUCAGUCAGUGCAACCCAGCCAACCACAACGUCUGUGACUACGAGAAUGAUCGCUUCAUGCCAGGGAAAUAUGAAUGGGCCGGGAGAGGUGUUCAGGGCCAUGAAAGAAGGACUAAGAGGUACACAUCAGAUGCCCUACCCUACAGUGCUCCACUAUCGCCCAAAGUGUCCAAAACUGACCAGCAUCCCUGUGAAGGGGAGACAUUCAUCCUUGAGGACGGACACCCAGGCCCCGCGGACCACCGCCUGGACCCCAUGGAUUCUGCCAUGAACUCCAUAACGCCCACCAGCCCCAUGAGUCGCAACUCCAAGGAGUUCCGAUCGUACCGGUCGCUGCAACACUCGAUGAGCCUCACGCAAACCGGGGCCGCCUCCUUCCACCGACACAGCUCUGGAGGCUCGGAGAGGUUUAGCGGGACUCGGGAUGCUCCUCGGAUGGCCAGCAGGGACCCGUCCAGCUGGGCAGUGGAGGACGUGAUGCAGUUUGUUCGGGAUGCCGACCCACUCUCUCUGGGCCCCCACGCUGACCUCUUCCGGAAACACGAGAUUGAUGGCAAGGCCUUGUUGUUACUACGGAGUGACAUGAUGAUGAAAUACAUGGGACUCAAGCUGGGGCCGGCCCUGAAAAUUUGCUUCCACAUCGACAGACUGAAGCUGGGCAAGUUCUGAGCGUGGACUCGAUCAGCCUGAACCACCCCUGCCCUCCACAGCAAGAAACACCAUAAUGGGGCGAAUAAAACUCAACGCCGAGGGUAUUUCCAGGAUUCUGGCCCGUGGAUUAAGCAGAAGCUCAAAGCAGGAUGGAUUCCUGCUCCAUUGAAACAUGGCACUGGAGAAACAGCCUUGGAACAAGACCGGCUUGUUCUAAACCAGACUGAUGUUUGUCCAUCCAACUGAGAUGAAGUGUAUUAAGCAAACACUCCCGAUAUCGCUGAUGGACACAAAAUGCUGGAGUAACUCAGCGGGACGGGCAGCAUCUCUGGAGAGAAGGAAUGGGUGACGUUUCAGGUCUAGUCCGAAGAAAGGUCUCGACCUGAAACGCCACCCAUUCCUUCUCUCCAGAGAUGCGCUGCCUGUCCCGCUGAGUUAACGGCCUGUCCCACUUGGCGAUUUUUUCGACGACUGCCAGUGUCAUAUCGGUGUUGCCAAAUGAUUUUGAACUCCAGCGGCGACAAAAAAAAUGUUGCGACACUUGAAGAAACGGCGCGCGCCGAUACAUCGUUACGCCGCGGAUUUUCCGCUGACCUGGUACGUCAGUCAAUGAUGCCGGCAGUCGCCGAGAAAAAUCGCCAAGUGGGACAGGCCCUUUACUCCAGCAUUUUGUAUGCGUCUUCGGGUUUAAACCAGCCUCUGCAGUUCCUUCUCACUCCAGAUAUCGCUGUCGUUUAUCAGCCAUAUUCCUGUCUGCCAAUUUAUAUCUGUUAUUUUAUUUUUUUUUGUUACAUAUUUCUCUCUCCCGUUGGAACUGCCGAGAUAAGCCAAGAGAGGCUGGGCGUUCGUUGUCAACACAUCAGACAGCCUCUGCAGCGAGAGAAACUGUUUACAAUGGACAUCAAUGAAUUUAAUCAGAA